UUUUGCGUUUUUUGGAUCAAUUUUUAGUUUUAUAAUGUCGACUGAAUCCGGUCAUUAUGUGGACGUUGGGAAUCUUUUAAUAAUUAAUAAAGACCCUAUUGAGUUUAAAAUUGAUGAUAAUGAUCAAUUAAAUAUUUUGACACAAAAAUCAACUCAAUAUUUAUUUGACAAAAUUUGGGAUUUGCCAAGAAAAGUUGUUCAGGAUGCUACGUGUGCUGUGCUUCCAUCAACAGAAUAUUCUUUGCCAAGAGAAAAACCCAUUCCGAAACCAAAAGAACCAACAAAAUGGGAAAAGUUUGCAAAAGAGAAGGGAAUUGUUAGUAAAAAGAAGCGAAGCAAAAAAAUUUGGGAUGAAACUACAAAAGAAUGGAAGCCUAGAUAUGGAUAUAAAAGGGCUUUAAAAGAAGGAAAUGAAACGAAGGAUUGGCUGAUUGAAAUACCUGAUAAAGCUGAUCCAUAUAAAGAUUAUUUUGCUGAACGUUCAAAUAAUAAAAAAGAACAGGCGAAUAAACAAGAAUUUCAAAGACUCAAAAAUAUUUCCAGAAAUGAAAAGAAUUCUCAACUUUCUUCAAAACCUCUAUUUAAUUCUAAAAAAAUGAAAAUUAAUGGAAAUUUGGAACCUUUGGGUUCUCGACAGCCUAUUGGGUUGGGAUCUGUUGAAGAAAAGUCUAAAGAACAGCUCAUUCAUCAAUUAAAUCGAGCAAAGAAGUCUACUUCUUCGGCAGGAAAAUUUCAAAAGAAUUUAAAAGGAGAAAAGCCACCAAAGAUGGGAAUUAAAAGAAAGUUUGAGCCAAACGACGAUUUGUCUAAUGAACGUAAUCGUCAAUUGGAAAUUUUAAAUAAAUUAAAACAAAAACCAAAAGAAAAAGAAAAUAUUUUGGGAGGAAUAAAUAAACAAAUAAAUAAAAAAUCUGAAGAAUUUAAUAAAGAAGAUAAAGGAGGAAAGAAAGGAAAAUUUGGAAAUAAACGUUCAAAAUCUUCAAUUGACCGACAACAACAUUUUGAAAAGAAGAGGAAAAACUUUAAAGGAAAUUUUAAAAGUAAAUAUUCGAAAGCUGGUAAAGCUGCACAGAGAAAGGGUGGGCAAAGGAAAAAUUAA